CUGACGUCUGUCUGACGUAUAAUUUGACAGUUUGUUACAUCAACCUGAUGCGUUGCGAUUGCGAAUUUAUCAGAACUAUCCACAAGUUUAAAUUAUAAUUAUGAGGGAGUGAUUCACCUCAAUUAGUGAAACAGUGGUAUCAGUUUAUUUCGAAGGAAUAUGGAGAAAUCUAACAUGCUUAUACGUUGUGGACUGCUGUUGUUGUGUUUGAACUGUGUGAGGACAACUGAGUAUUUUGGUAGUGAUGGGUUAGCUGGAGGUCGUGUUGCGGAGUUCAAUAGAAGAUUUUCACUGUGGCCAUCAGUGCACAACGCCGCGAGGUUACUGAGGGUGAGGCGAGAAGCAGAGGCCAGUUCUGGACUCCAGAGCGAGGGCGGUAACGUCGAGGUUCCUAAGGAUGAUAAGUCACCGAAGCCAGGAGAUUCACAGCCCGCUCCAGCGGCUGAUGUCAAGAGCAAUGACGGCACUAAUAAGGUUAAGGAUGAACCAGUCACGACACCACCAGUAAAUGGCACUGCAACUGCCAACAGUACAGUAGUACCGCAAGUAGCAGCCAACGCUACUAGUGCCAACACAACAGUUGCAGAGAAACCGGUGAAGCAGAUUGAUCUGAACAAUCCCGGAGUACUGAAGAGGGGUUUCAUAGUCUUUGGAGGCUUCACGCUACUGGCUGUCGCUUAUUUCAUAUUUUACAGGAAAAAGAGCAAGAAGAACGACACCGGCAAUACACAUAGUACUAUUGAUGCCAACCAAUUCCGCUACGGAGUCCUUCAGUCAGAAGACAGAAGGGACAAUUUGGAACUGUCCCGAGUCCCCCUUACCAUGGAAUCUGAUGAUGACGAGGACGAAGACUUGGAGAUCUUUGACCUUGAGCAGAAGAAGAAGUCGCUGUCAUAUGUCAACCUUCAGACUAAUGAUGAAGAUGUAGUUUUCUCCCCAAAGGAUAGCACUGAUAAUGAUAGAGACAAUUUACUCUUAGAUAUCGAAGAUGGCACCUCCGAUACACUUAUCAAUUGGAGCUCUAACGGCAGUAAGUCGAUAUUAUAAUUCCUGGCUAGUAUUUACUUGUAUACAAAAAGUAAAAUGCGUCUCGCAUUAAUCCGCCAUAUGUAUGUUGGAAGUUGCAAUUUAAGUUUGGUUAUGAUUGGUAAUGUAAGCCCAUAAAACUACUGUUAGGUUGUUGAAUAUGGAAAAUCAUAGUUUCUUAGUAAUUUAGUAUUAUUUUAGUUUGAUAUUGCUUAUACUAUUAUGUAAGAGAUAUCAUAUUUUUUGAUAACCUAACGGUGGCAUUAUGAUGUCAUUUUUAUUAAAGUUUUAUGUUUGGUAUUACUAAAAUGUACUUAUUUUAGUGAGCCUUUGUGUACACAAAAAUGUAUGUAGACCAGUGAAAAAUAUAGACCACAUUAUUUCUCACAAAGAACAAAAUUAGGAUGUUCACGUUGCUGUUAUGAGAAAUUUUCGCCAAACGACUGCACCACUAGUUUUAAUAUAGGAGAUGAAUAUUUCACAAGGCCUUUUAAACACGCAAUGUAUGUAGCAUUUUAUUUUGUCCAUUAGUACUUAUGUAGAUCGACCUUCACGACUGCUAACACUAUGUUAUCUGUAACACGAGUUUUGAGCAAAUAUUGAGACAACAAUCUCAGAGUUCAAACGAAUGUUACACUGCAUUUAUUGAAUCAGUUCAAAAGAAUGAAAAAAGGGACUUAUUUCUAUCGGAUCAAGGUGUUAAAUAGCUUGCUUAAAAUUAGAUAUAGAUUACUGCCAGUAACCUUGAAUGGUUCAAUGACCAAGAACCAAGUUGUCGAAAUAAUUCGAUAUUUCAACUUCUGGUGUAAAAUAUGUCGCCAUUAUUACACAGUUGCAUUUUCUUCUAACCGAUUCCAAUUAGUUGACCCUUUCAAAACAAUUGUAGUUGAGGAGUAGUUUCUUAGCAAAUCUGGUAUCAAUCUCUGUCUUCCUUCUUGUAAGGUAUUAAGUAGAUGCAUACGAAAGUUCGUUGAGUAUUUUUAAUGUAGGAGUAUGCUUGAAAGGGUAUUUGUCGUUUCAUGGGAUGUAUCUGCUUUAGUGCGUGGACCCAUGGGAAAUGUGAGGUAAAAUAAGUAAGGUGAAUUAUGGUGGAAGCGCUUUUAUAAGAGAUAAACACGCCGAGAAAAUCGUUUUGAUUCCUUUUACCGACGAGGGCAAGUUUGAGACGUUUCAUAAGACUUCCUGUAAGUAGUUUCGUUCGGCUCCGUUAAAUGUGCUUUCACUAUUAACAUCAUACCUUCAGAAUGGUCAAAAGAUCCGAAUUUGUACGAUGCACUACCAUGGGUUCCACCACAAUUUAAAAUUAUUGUAAAAAUUAAGGCCCUAUGUAAGAGUUCAGUUUGCUUUUAAUUUUCGCGUUAUAUUCCAACUAUAUUUUUAUUUAAAUGAAAACUUAAUAGAUAAGGGCUUUAUAUCUCAUAUAAGUAAACAUGUAUAAAUAUUAUAAUAUUAUUUAUAGUUUUAUGCAUACAUUACAUUACGUUUAAAACGUUUUCAAAUCUCAUGUCAUAAUUUUUGUUAUAUUUUUAUACCUAUGUUUUUUAGUCUAUUUAUGUACCUAUCACAUUUCUCAUUGUAAUUUAAAUUAUUAAAGUAAGAAAUUUUUAUUUUGUUUAUUUCGCAAACUCAGUUGCACAUUAUUUACAUUCAUUAAUGAAAAUUGUUCUGAAGAAAGUGCCAUUAGAAAUUAUUUUUUCUACUAACGAAUUAAAAUUAUAGUUACGUACUUAUAUUCUGUAAAGGAAUUCUUGCGAUUUCUUUUAUUUUUGGAUUCAAAUUCGAAGUAGCUAGGAUGUUAAUAAGUUAUAAAGUUCUGCAAAAAUUGUAAUUUAGUCGAUUUAUGCAUUUGCCUUGUCAAGAGAUGUAAAAAUCUACUAAUCAUUUCAAUUUCAUCUAUGUUGCUGGAUCAACAUAUAUGUGAAAAGUACAGUCAUUGUAACCUGUGUACUUAUUUUUUAAAUUUGAUUUUUAUGUGUUUUCCAUAGAUACACGUCGUUUUAGUCGAAUAGUUAUAAAUUGAGGAAUUUGUCGUAAAUGCAGUACAUUUUAAAUAUGUAUUCUUGUAGUUACUGUUAAUUCUUUCAUUAACAUAUCAAUAGAUUUAAUCGGUUCAUGUGCAUUGCCCUAAAAGUGUUUAUCUUAUUGCAUUUUUUUUAAUUACAAAAAUAUAUUAAAUACCUAAACAUAAAGGCAAAAAUGAUUUAAUAAGAUUUUAAGGUGUAAAUUAUAAAUAAUUAUUUAUCCAUUUAUUUUCAUGCAUUUAUCUGUUUUUCAACCUAACAUAGCUUUUUUCCUAAAAUUAUUUUCAAACUUUAAAAAGUCUUCAUAAUUUGGAUGUUAUACUACCAAAUAUCGCAUUAAGUAUUAUUAAUUAUAAAAAAAAAUAAGUUUAUUAAUAAUUUAUAGCGAACUGCUCAAAUUGCACAUUAUGGUUCAUAAAAUUCAUUAGUUCGCUUUCAAGACAAAAAAAAAAUUCUUGAAGAUAUUUUGGCAACAUUGUACAUUCAUAGAUUAAAAUUAUUUCCAGUAAUUUGAGGCACUAUAAUGUUUAAAAAUUGAAAAUAUUCAUCAAAAAAGAAUUACAAUAACAGUUUGGCAAUGGUCCUCAAACUAGGCUACGAACCUGUGUAUUGAGGGUCCGAGUUGCGAUUAUUAUUUCCAUAUUUUUUAUUUUAUUUUCUUGGGCUUUUGAAAAACAAGUUAUUUAUUUAUUUAUCACACUGUUGAAGCUAUGGACUGUGAUAAUAGAAGAGAGAGUAGAAUAUAUAAUAUGAUAUAUUUUCAGAGGAUAAUAGUACUGUAUGCUAUGUACGUAUGUAUAGUUUGCCAUCGCUCUCUGUCACUUUUCUGUACUUAUGGAUGGCUUGUUAAUUUUGAUCUUUAUAGAUUAAUAGAAUGGAGAGAAAAAAAGGCCUGCAACGAUUGAACUUGAAGAGAGAAAAAACAGACAGGGUGGGCCCACUGUUACUCACUAAAUAUAUAUCGAUAAAUGUAUAAGCGUUUUGUUGUCACUGAGACUGUUUAUCGAUAUGCAUAUUUAGUGAGCUUUGGUAGGCACUAGACUUAGCUCGAGAUGAAUAGAAUUUACUUGUGUUGUUGUUCCCGUAUUUGAUAUUGAACUGUAACGAAUGCAAAAAGACAGCUUAGCCAAGGCAAAUUCUAUUUAUCUACUAUCUUGAUUUAAAAGAGAGCACCGUUUGUGUCUAGAACAUGGGAGAUUGUCGCAAGUGUAGGCCUAUUUUGGAAUAUUUGUGAAAUUGCUAAUUUUGCGAAGUUGGAGUAAGUCAGUAAUGUAACUAGUGUAGAAAUUAAUUGUAAUGUUAAGGUUGUUUCUAAUUUAAUAAAGAUAUAUAAUAUUUUA